AUGUCCAUGAUCGGCUCAGAUUGCGGGUUCCAAGGCGAACUCGUGUAUCUCAUCACCGUCAUAGAUCCUACUUUUACGAGCAGGACAUCGACGUUUCAAGUCGAGGUGGAACAACAGACUCAAGAUUACAACGACGGUCACGACACCCAAUUGUUCGGACAGUUCAACGUGCUGAGAUGUUGCCAGGAACGCGCUCCUCACUGUUCAAGAUCGACCCAAUUUCAAGACGGACUGACAGACCCAAUUUUAACCAAGGGUUUCUCACCGCCAGCUUCAGAACCAGCGCCCAGAACUACGCAAGAACUACGUAGACGUGCGGUGCUGCUUAGCACGGAACGGAAGAAGCUGGUCUGGCAACGGGAAACGACACAAUGGAACGUCGAUUUUAAUGCAAUCACCCCACCAGCUACAAAAUCUUCUGUCAGAAUCGCAAUUGCGUUUUCCGCUCAAAUUCAGAUUGCAAGGUCGCAAUCAUUCUCGUUUGCGGGUGCGCAGCAUAAGAGCUCAAUUACCGUAAAUUCGAAUGUCAUCUCACUUGCCACUUUCAAGAUCCGCCGUAGAGAAAGUCCGCUUCCAGAGGGACGCCACGACGUGCUUCAAACCUGGGUAGCUCCCUGGGUCCUUGCUGGCCCUGUGUCGUACUUCGACAGCCUGAAAAGGAAUAGCAUGAGCGACGGCAAGUAUCAUGGCCACGGAGCUUACCACACCCGCCCCAACGUGCUCCUUGCCCGCCCUGAAUCUGCGACCUUUGAGGAAGGUGCAUGGAGGAAAGAGACACGAUCACACAAAUCUACCAAAACGAUCACCGGACGAGCACCCAGGGAACACCCACAAAACCAGCAACAAUCUCCCACAAACCAUUUCGAGCCUUGCAGUGUCCUUUACAGCCGCGAACAAGACGAGGAGAACAGGAAAAUCUACAACACUGGAGCCUGA